AUGAAUGCUAUCCUGGACGAUGAAAGAGUUCCUCUCACCAACUGUAUGCGGACCUGUACGGUCGCCGUUGCCAAGAUUUCGUGCAACGGCUCCAAUGAUACUUCCAAGAAGUAUCGCGCCGAGAUUGAGCUCGUUACUCAGGCUGAGGGGACUGCUGAGGUCGUUGCCCUUCACCGCGACAUCCUUGACAACAGGGGCAAGCUCUCUCCGGACAUCAAGAAUGCGGACAGCGACGCUGGGAUCGCAUAUUCCAUUCUGAAGGCCGCCUACCCACAGCAUACUGAUAUGCAACUCAGAGAUGUCGAUCCUGUUGUUCUUGCCAAUUUUGUCAAGGUGCGAGAGGUGAUUGGCAAGACCAAGGUGAUUGAAGAAGCAGAGUGCGCUCCUUUUUACGCCGGAAUCUCGGCCUUCGUGGAAUCGGAGAAGAAGCGAAACAAAUCUCGCACGGAAGGCGAUGGUGCUGAACCUGAGGAGCUGGAGAUGGCCUACUGGCCCCUCAUCAAGGUCGUGCGGGUCUUCCUGAAGUCAGAGGUCGUUUCUACCGGAGUAGUCAUUGUGGAUUUGCCUGGAGGACGCGACUCGAAUGCUACUCGCGCGGCAGUCGCUCUCAAAUACGAUGGCGCGCACAACAACAUCACCUUCAUCUGUACCAAAGCAGACGACAUUUCCCUGGAUGAAGCGGCCCUGAGUCUUAGCAUUGUAGACCUCAUCGCGAAGGAGCAAGAGCGCAAAAUUGGAAUGGAGAGUGAAAUCGAGCGCAAGAGGGGCGAACUCAAAAGCCUUGAGCUCCAGAAAGCGAGCGCUCAGGAGAAGUACAGCAUCAUCGGCAAUGACUUUGAUACUUGGCAUGGACUUUACAGACAGGUUUCCAAAGGGCAUACGACCUUUGCUCCCAUGGAAUCUCCCCGCAAGAGGAAGCGUUCUCGGCCUCAGCGUGAGAAAGAGCCUGCAAUUGCCAAGAAGGUGAAGAAAGAGCCUGGUCAAAGCGACACAGACGAAAGCAGUGAUGACUCGGAUCUCGAUGCUGUUGAGUCUGACGACGAUGACUUGGAGGGUCGCCCUGAGCCUUUUUCAAUCGAGGAGACGCGCAACAAGCUUGAAGAGCUGAAGGCGUCGAAGAAGGCUGCCAGGGAGGAGCGGAAGAAGAUUACUCGGCAGAUGACGCAGAUCAAGAAGGACAUCAGGGACCUCAGCAAGCAGCGUUCGGCUGUGAAGAUCCAGAUGUACCGCUACUGCACCCAAGGACGCAAUGAUUACUCCCGCCAGGCGAUCAAGGAGGACUUUGCGUUUGGUCUGAAGGAGUUUGAUGAAGAGCUUCUCGCCGAACAGGAGGGAGAGAUGCGAACUCGCCAGCAGGUUGAGGUCGUGAGCCCCGAUUAUGAACAGAUUGAUAGAGAUUUACCAGUCUUCUGCAUCAGCAGUCGGGGCUACCAGCAGUUGAGAGGAAGGAUGAAGAAAGACCAUCGUGUUGUAGGCUUCACUUCUCUCGAUGAUACUGGGGUUCCUGGUCUUCGUGACUACACCCGCGAGCAGGCCGCGGCUAUCCAGGCUAGCCACUUUCGCCAUCAUCUCAGCGAGAUAUGCCGUCUUCUGGGGGCCCUCGACCUCUUUUUUGCAGGGGACGUUGCUAACCUCAAGCUCUCCGAAAAUGAGAAGAAGCAGAAGACUCAGAGCUUGGGAGUUGCUUUGACCAAGCUAGGAAAGGCCCUCGGUGAGGCUGUUACAAAGUGCAUGGAGGAUUGCAAGUCAGUCGUUAAGGUGAAGGUCCUGAAGAAGACCGGCAAGGGUGCCGUGAAAGCCUCUGACAAGGCCGUUACUACUGCCGAAGGCUGGGGUGCGAAGCACGAUGCCGGAGGUCUUCGCUAUGGAACCUGUAAGGCUACUUGCCGUCGCUACGGCGUAUUCAAAGGCGCAGCGGGUGCCCGUGACUUCAACGAGGAUCUUCUCAAGCCUAUGAAGAAUUAUACUGCCCAGGAGUGGGACUCGGCCUUCAAUGGCCGCUUGCCUGAGAAGAUUGCGACACUUGCCGCGUCUUCCAAGCAGCUGAUUAACUCGUUCCACGAGCGCAUGAAGGACAGACGGUUUCUUGUCGAGAACAACGAUUUAGUGAACGGCUUCCUCGUCCUGGUCAAGACCGCACAAAAGAACGCCAAUCGUCUUUUCGGCCCUGUUGUUCAGCGAGCCAUGAAUGAAGCCUACCAAGGCUGCGUCGACCUGAGAGGAACCGGAUCCUUCCUUCUAAUGAAUGACCUCAUGAAGGAACAUGUCGAGUCCCAGAAGUCUACCAUGUUCAAAACCGCCGCCGGAGAUGUGGAGAAGGCCGCCAACACAAUGCUGAGCACCCUUGAAAAGACAAUCCGCGACGACAAGAAUGGAGUUGUGAACGCCAUGCAGGAGGACUACAUUGGCCUGAUUGGAGAGGUGGCUACCACGGCUGACUUACGCACCCGAAAGAUCUUGAGCCCCGUGCUCCGUGACUUUUACAUGAAGCUGAAUGCCGCCCUGGAUCCUAUCGAGGAGGAAAUCGUCGUCCAUGAGCCCAUCGAUCUUGAGCUCGACAUGGGAGAUGGCAGUGACGACGAAUACCGGCCCGAUGAAGAUAUGAGUGAUUGA